UUCGUUCGGUAUACUGAUAGCAUUAUUGAUCGCGACCGUGAAGAAAAUCAGUGAACGUUAUCCUCUGAAUGAUGUCUUUGUGAUCUUUUAUGUAAGAAUCAUUAUUCCAGAUAUUUCAACCGUUUUCUAUGAGAGUAAGAACGCUGUAUGUGACUAG